AUGUCCUUCACCGAGUUAUUGAGUCGGCAAGUGUCUAACACUAUGAUUGAUAUGCUCAGAGACAACAGCCAUCGAUAUCACUUUGGAACUCAAAUGAAAGAGACCUUUGAGAGAUUAUACACCGAAAAUCAAGCUGCAUUCGAAGAAGCAGGCGUCAGUGAAGAAGAUUUUGCUUCAUACACUUGCAACAGUGCGCAAUUCGACGAUUGGCAGACUCGAGCUCAAUUUCAAACUGAAUUCGCUCUCUUAGGGGAGGCAGAUCCCCUCAAGUCCGUUGAGUUCACUUUCAGCCCUCGAUUCAACCUGAAGUCCAGAAGACUCGCAUUUGACUCACAUGUCAAGAGUGGGGACGUAAUUCGAGAGAUUAAAAUGUAG